GUUCAGAUAAAGGCCUCAACGAUUCUCAUAAUUUAACAAGCAUGUUGCUGUAUACAAGUAUCUGUACCUAGCUCCACAUUGAAGGGAAAUAGUGAAAAAUGCCUACAUGCAGCUACGUGCAGCAAAUGCAGUUCUUUAAUGUUCUCUUUGCCACCGUCCUAUUCCUGUCCUGGCGCGCUGUGGAUGCCGCUAAACAACGCCGCACCACUACCACCGAAUCCAGUGCACCCACUGUUCACGCCGCUCAACUGAAUCCAUACUGCAACUACACCGCCGUCAACCCAGACCACCCGACCAAAAUAACCGUGGACAUCCACUGCAGCAACGACCCCGAAACACCCGUCCGUGAUAACUUCUACACCGGCCUGCACCCGAUCUCCUUCUUCCAGAGCGACGGUGGCGCCAUGAGUCGGGGCGUGGAGGAGGCCAUCAAGAUGGUGCGGACCCGGAUACCUUCCAAGGACCUGCAGAUGCGGGUGGAGGUCAACGGCUACCACCGUCGCUCCCAUGAUUACCGCUACGGGAAGACUGUGGCGGUGAUCGACGUCAGCAAUAAACUAGCGGCGGGAUUGGGUGAGAAGGAUGAGAUAGAGUUGGGGUUGGAGCAGGCCGGGAUGCGGGUGGAUCCAAGGUUUGAUUCCGAGAAGGUCAAGGUGGUGGCCAGGGGGAGUGUCGUGCUGGUCAAAUGGAAUUACGCGGCCACGUAUUCUGCCGGGUAGAUCAGACACACAAUAAGAAAUUCAUGUUUCUGUUUUUAUGGGGAUUAUACUCGCGUAGAAUAAAUAUUGCUUGAAUCAUGAAUUUAAAUCAUAGUUUUGUCUCCCGCCUCUGCAGUAUCGGUGCGAAUGAUGUGUAGUUUUUUUCCGUAUUGUAGUCGGAAUGCAAUAUUUAUUUAUUGCAAAGCGAACAAAACUUUCGAUACAACGCAGCGUUCGAUGCAAUAACAAGG